AUAUAAUAGAGCGGCAGUAGUAUCCCUGCUUCACCUGAAGACCAUACUCAUCAUCAUACGUGCAUCAUCCAGGAAAAAGUGUUAACCCUCCCAGGUAACAUGGCACAAACAAUCACAUUGCUGCUGAUAACCCUUGGUGUGCUCCUCGGGCUCAUAACCGUACAAACAGACAGAAUCGGCUGUCCAUAUGGCAAAGAACCUGGUUGUGGGUUGUGUCGACCAACCUGUGAUAACCUGAAGCCUACAUGUAAUGUUCCUAAAAAAUGUGUUCGAGGAUGUGUCUGCAAAAGUGGCACUGUAGAUAAUGGCCUUUUUGAAUGUGUGGAAGCGUCGAAGUGUGGACUCUGCGGGAACGCAACAUAUACCACAUGUACCAAUCCCUGCCCUAAAGGUGCAUUUUGCAUAAUAGGUUGUAUUGAAGGCUGCCUCUGUAAACCCAAAUACGUGUGCCUACCUGACAGCAACAGAUGUGUCCUUCAUCAGGAUCUCCCCAAAGUGGAUCCAACAAUUACACCAUCCACAGUGUGUCGUAUUAGGAAGUCUCAAAAUGUAAAGUGACCUCGUCUAAUCAUAUGGAGAUGUGUCUGAUGAAAAUAAAGUGAUUGCAGACAAUGUUUUUAUCUACUUUCAUUGAUUCAUUAAGCGAUCAGGAUCUCCGACCACUCACUGACCAAUCAGAUCAUAGUCCGUCUAGACUGUUAUGAAAAUGAUCUCCUGAUCUGAUUGUGAUCUGUCUCAUCCACAAUGUCUUUCUGA